AAUGGUCAAGUUUAUGUUGUGGAAAUUGAUACCUCUACAAUAGUUAAAUGUAUGCUGGGCUAGUAAUGAUCAAGGGGCGGUCAAAGGGGUGUGUCUAAUAUUGGAAAUUAUUUUAAAAGGACUAACAGCCCCCCAUGAGGAGUGUUGAUAAGAACCAUGUCGGUGCCGUUUGUUCCAGUGAGUCCGUCUGCUGGCACCCAGGAACCAACAAUGGUUUCCUCUCCUCAGCAACACAAAAUUCUACACGACAUUCAAGAAUGUAUUAAACAGUUACGUGAAGAAUUCUCUGAGCACCGAGUUCCGAUCAACGAUGACAACCAAGUGCUGCAUCGAUUUUGUGCCAAGCUCGAGUACCUGCUUCAAACACACAUGAAGGAGAAGUAUUCUAUGCUCGGCCGUAAGAAGGACUACUGGGACUAUAUUGUGGAGAGUCUGAGCAAAACAAAAGGUCUCACCGAUGGAAUCAAAUACGUCAAGUCACUUGGCGAGCACAAGACAUCUCUUGGAAAAGGCCGCGCGUUCCUGAGGUUUUCUCUCGUACACCACCGACUUCCCGACAGCAUACAGCAGUGUGCCAUGAACCCACGCAUCAGCGAAUGGUAUCAUCCACAGGGUAUCUGGUUCGAGAAUAAUAAGAUAGCCGAUCUGAUUGGCUGUCUGUAUGACCUCAAUGAUGUGAACUUUGACCUCUCUCCUAAAGGAUAUGAUCUGGACAAUUCUUGGCCUUCCUUUGCAAAAAAUCAGUCAGGAAACUUCAACUGGAAUCCACCAAGUCGCCGGUCUAGCAUCGGCAGCCUGGCCAGUCUACAAACAAUGGAUUCUUCGAGCAUUAUUAACCUGUCGUCGACCCCUGACAAUUUCCUGGACGUCGACCGACUCACACAGAACCUUGAGUCAUCGGAGUCUGUGCGACUCGACCUGCAGGUGAAGAUUGACUCACUGGAGCAGGAGAAGAUGGAGGCGAGUCGGGGUGUGUGGUCUGCGCAGGGGGAGCUUCACGCCAUUACAGACCAACUCAAAGAACUGCAAACACGCCAUGACGACCUUCUGCAGCAAUACCAGGAUGUCAACAAGAAACAUGACAAACUGUUACUUGAGACAGAAGUAUCGCAGAACAACUGGAAAACUCGCGAAGCUCUUCUCCUUGAGCAGUGUGAGGCAGCCAAACAGCAGCAAAUAAACCUCGAUCUCUCAUUGGCCGAUCUGAAAACGGAGCUGGAAUCAUCAAGGAAGGAAAUGGCCGACAUCUUAAAAACACGAGAGAGCGAGACAUCGGAGACGGGACUCAGGCUGAAGAUGGUGGAACAAGAGCUGGAGCUGGCGAGAGAGAGAGAGAAGAAGGACAAACAACAGGUGGAUAACCUGGAGGAGAAGGUGAGAGAGGUGGAGCGGAGGAAUGAAGAGCUGUUGACGCGACUCGAAGAUUCUCUUCACGGCAAAGAGAAAGAAGUGAGCAGUCAGCUGGAGACAGCCAGUCGGCUGCACGAUCUCAUACACACUCUCAAACAGAGGGAGUCGGAAAACGUCCGGCUGUCCACGUCACUGGCAGACGCGGAGACUCGACUACAGAGCUGUCAGACGGAGAUUGGCGAUCUGAAAGACGUAAAAUCACAACUUGAAAACCGUCUGGAAUCAGAAAAGGAACAGCUACAGAGCUGUCGGACAGAGCUAUGUGAUGUGAAAUGUGUAAAAUCACAACUCGAAAACAGUCUGGAAUCGGAAAAGGAAAAGAAUUCAGAAAAUUUGAUUUUGAUAGCUCGGGAGAAGGAAGAGGUUUCAGCAUCUUACGAGUCGGAAGUUAAAAAACUUAAAGACGAAAGAACGCGAUUGGAAGAUUUGUAUAAACAGACGACUGAAGAGUCGGACAUGGCACACAACAGGGAUAUAACUCUAUUGAAUCAGUUGUUAGAGGAAAGAAACCAGGUCUUGUGUGAGUCUUUCCACGCUAUUUGUAAACUAUGCAGUAAAGAUGCAUGCGACUUCGAUAAAACCAACAUGGCCACUUUAAACAAAACAGACCUGACAGAAAAAUUUAAAUUGUUUGUUAAUCAGUUGUCAGACGAAAAGAAUUCUCUAGAGAGUAAACUCAAGCAGGAACAAACAUUAAAAACCACGUUGGAACAUGACCUUCAUAAAGUUGAGAAAGAGAAUUGGGAAAUGUGCGAAAACUUUGAACAGUUGAAAUCGUCUCAUGAAGAAAUGAGAAGGGAGAAGGAGAAAACGGAGAAAGAGUGGAGAGCCUCGCUUUCAAGUCAGAGCGAGGAACUAGCAUCGUAUCGGGAUUCACUCGAUGUAGCGAGAACAGAAUUAGCCAGUAAGACUGAGUCAUAUCAAGAUUCACUUAAUGUAGUGAAAGCAGAAUUGGCCAGUCAGACUGAGUUGCUGGAAUCGAGCAGCGUGCAUAUUAACGAGAUGAGGUCGGAGUUGGAGGCGAAGACGGAAGACAUCAGUAAACUGAAGUCAACGCUUGACAGAAACGGACAAACCAUGUUUCAGCUGAUUUCACAGUUCUCGGGAAACAGUGAAAAUCUUGAUGACUUUGACACCGAUCAUGCAGUGUCUGCCAUCAAACUUCACAUUCAGACUCUAGAAACGAAACUCUCCGACCUCACUUCAGAAAGAGACUCGUUGUCAAGGCAACUGCUCCACCAGCAGUCCAGUGACACGGACAGGGGCAAAGAACUCUGUGCGUUGCAGGAGAGUUUGAAGGAACUGCAAGACACGCUGGCCAGCUCACGUGUUGCGGAAACUGAUCUCAAGAAGGAACUGGCACAGAAGGAAUCGGAAGCGAGACAGAAUGCUGAAAUGAUAUCUGAGCUUGAAGCCAAGCUGGAGAAGUUAAAUUCAGAAUUUAGUAAUUUGACAGAACUGAAACUGAAAGUAGAAAAUGAAAAUGCUUCACUUAGAAACGAAGUGAACGUCUUGCAGCAGAGUCUUUCCGAACUCAGUGUUGCUAUGACAACAGCCAAUGACAAACUUCAGCAAGUCUCCGUGACGGGAGAGAGUGUUGAACUGAAAAACAGAGAUCUGCAGGACGCGUUGAAAGCUAAAGAGUCCAAAUUGGAGGAAAGACUGUCAGAUGCAAAACUGCUGGAAGCCAAGGUUCAAAGUUUAUCCGAGGAGCUUGAAGGUGCGAGAUUGGCUAAAGAAACUUCCGAUUCACAGAAAUCUUCAAUAGAGAGUGAAUUGACCAGUGUGAGAUCACAGAAAGAUUUGUUAGAAGGACAGCUAAAGCAAGUUUCAGAAUUGCUGUCGAAGGAAACGACCAAGAGAGAAGAAACUGAGGCUCAGUUUGUGAGUCUUUCUGAACAAAUUGUGAUCUUGAAAGAACAGUCUGACAAGCUGAGGGAGGAGCUUGAGAGUAAAGAGCAGAGAUACUUGGAGCACGAGGCGGAGAGAGAGCAGCUGACGUCACAGCUGGAAGACGCUCUGAGUGACACGGGCGUCAUCAAGACUCAGCUGACGGACAAACUGCGCGAGCUGGAGGACGCGUGCAGCGUCAAGUCGCAGAUCCUCAAACAGAACGAGGACCUGAUGACCAGAUUAAGGACGCUCGACGACAGUUACCAACAGCUGGAGGAGAGACUCCGAUCUUAUGAGGAAUCCGGUGUGGAGAGCGAGUCUCUCAAACAACAGCUGGAGGAGGAGAAACUGGAGAUGAGGAAAACCAUUACGACGUUAAACCAAGAAAUAGAUGAUUUGAAAACAUCUAAUUUGCAUAUUCUUGAAGAGAAAGCAGAGAAUGAGAAAACCAUUACGACAUUAAACCAAGAAAUAGACGAUUUGAAAACAUCUCAUUUGCAGACUCUUGAAGAGAAAGAUUCGGAGCUGAGUGAAUUGCAGUCGGAAAUCUCUCGACUACAGGACAACAAUGAAGAAUUAACUGACUUGGAAGACGAGAAAUCUGCCCUGGAGGAGAGAGUAUUGGCCAUCGUGGAUGAGAUAUCAGCUCUGAGGGCCGAGCUAAACCACAAGGAUAAAAUGUUGAGUAACAAGGUUUUGGAGAACGCUAACUACGUCUCGUUGGUCGACAACCUGAAGCAGUGCGUGUCUGCCCUGGAGAGCUCUCUAGCGGAGAAGUCAAGAAAGUGCGAGGAGCUCGAGAAAGCAUCGUCCGGACAACAGACAUCGCUACAAGUCCAGGUGGAAUCUCUCACGCAAGAAAUCACGGCACUUCAGUUCCAACUAAGUGCAGAACAGCUCCAGCACCAGGAGGCGCUCAAGAGUUCGACUGGUGAGGUUAUGAGUCUGUCCGACAUGCAGGCACGUAUGGCUGAACAGGAAGCUCUUAUUGCUCAGCUAGAACAGGAAGUGAUGUCACAGUGUGCCGGCAGAAGUGAAGAUAUUGAAGCUCAAAGACAGCAGCUGUCAGAACUCCAGACUCUUCUACAUACGAAGGAUGAAGAAUGUCAGAGUCUAAUCCAGCAAGUACAGAGCCUUGAAGUCGUACUGGAGCAGGAGCAGUUGGCUCAUCGGGAACUUCAGGUGCUCUAUCAUUCCAUGGAGGAAACACAGAGGAAACAACUUGCUGAGAUGACUGAACAGAAUUCCAUCCUUAAGUCAGACAGGAAACAGCUGACGAGAAAACUAAUCCAAUUGGUCAAAGACAAGGAUGUCUUGUGGCAGAAGACAGACCAGCUGACAUACGAUCAGAAGGUCAAGGCCAAUGAGAAGUGGAUGGAUAGUGGCACGGUCACCCACUGUCUGGCGUGUAACGCAGAAUUCUCAAUCUGGCUACGAAAGCAUCACUGUCGGCUGUGUGGACAUAUCUUCUGCUACAGCUGCAGUGACUUUUGGGUGCUCACUGCUCACAGUAGUAAGAAGGAGCGUGCGUGUGAGAAUUGUUACAAUCAACGGCAGGCCCUAGAGACUGACACCAACUCAUCAAUUCUCUCACACGACAGCGACGAUGAGUUCACAGCGUCUGUCACAGCCGUCGUUCCGUCCAUCAGUCCACACCAGAGCAGCAGCAGCAACAGCAGCUUGAAUAUAACAGACUCGGAGUUGAAACGUUUGGGCGAAAACAUCAUGGAAACCAGUGAUGAUGCUGUGCAAGAUGACAGUGCGAAGGUCAAUGAGAUUGAGGUCAAGGUCAGUGAUGAUGACAUCAAGAUCAAGGACAGUGUGGGGUCUGGUGACAGUGUUGAGGUUGGUGAUGAGAUAGUAGCUGGAACUGACAACACAGAAGGCAGUGUUACAGAUGAACUGGAUCCGACCAGUCGUGACUCGCUGCAUGUCGAACAGUCUGCAGACUCGGAUGACAGGACAACUGUGGAUCAUGUCAGUGAAAGUCCACCGAGAGUUGAACCUGAAGACCCAUUCCACGUGAUCACCGAUGAAGAAGUGACGCGCUCACUGACAGAGUACGACACCACGUUAUUAGACCAGGCCAUGGCUCCGAAAGAGUUACCAGCUGAUCUCAUGCAGAGUAGCAUGGUGCUGUCAGCUGAAGAGUUAGCGAAAGGGGAGAUAAAUAGUCAGAACGAGGUGUGGGUCAAACCGGGCAAGAGUUUCGCUGUGCCCGUGUCUAUACAGACACCCGACACGGUUCUAUUUUGGGAGUUCUCCUCUCAACCCAAGGAUAUCGUGUUCAGCGUCAACUACAGAGAGACUACGUCGACUGCGCGAGACAGCGCGGUGGAGGUCGUUCCACCGUGUAAAUGCGACUCGCACAAACACGCCGUGCACGGGGAGAUCACCGCCAAGCAGACCGGGAUCUACACACUGCUCUUUGAUAACUCCUACUCAAAGAUUACAUCCAAGAAGGUGCAUUACAUCCUCAAACUCAAAUUCAACAUAUCGGAAUAAAAUGGUACUAAGGGAGAUAACUUAUUAACUGGAGCCAGUCAUGGCAGAUGCUGGAGAGAUAUUCCUCUUUACCUUUAAUAGUGUCUUUGUAUGAAGGAAAGACAACUUCAUGUCAUAUAUUAAGAAAAGACAACUCUGUAUCUAAUAGAAAGGAAAGACAACUAGCAGAAAAGAAGAAAAAAACAACUAAAUCAAAUACAUGUAGGAAGGAAAGACAACUCUGUAUCAAAUGGGAAGGGAAGAUAACUCUAAAUUAAGUAGGAAGGAAAAACCACUAUAUCAGAUAUAAAGGAAAGGCAACUCUAUCAAAUAGGAAGGAAAGACAAAUCAGUUUUAAAUGAGGAAAGGCAAAUCUAUAUUAUAUUAAAAGGAAAGACAACUCUGUAUCAAAUAUGAAGGAAAACCAACUCAGUAUCAAAUAGAAGACAACUUUGUUUCAAACAGGAAGCAAAAAAUAACUAAAUGAAAUAAGAAGACAAGUCCAAAUAUAAAGAAAAGACAUCUCUAUCAAAUAGGCAGACACUGCUAGAGCACAUUGAUAUAAUAAUCAUCGGCUAUUGGAUGUCAAACAUUUGGUAAUUUUUACAUAUAGUCUUAGAGAGGAAACUUGCUACAUUUUUCCAUUAGUAGCAAGAUAUC